AUGCAUUAUGGAAUGCGUCAAGAUAGUGGUGUUCUCGGGAUUCUGUUAGCUAUCCCGCUUCCCAAAUGGGUGACAACGGGGUUACGAGUGAUGCAGGCAUUGCCGCUAUGGAAGUGCAUAAGCAGCAAGUUCACUGCCACUGCCACUGCCAAGUUGCAUGGAGUCGAAUAUCGAGUUGCAUCCUUCGCCCUAUCGCCCAUAACAUAA